CCUUGCCGGUCUCCUUGGAACACCCCUCUCCUGCCUGUAAAAAAGCCUGGAACUGCUGAUUAUAGGCCGGUCCAGGAUUUGAGGGAAGUGAACAAGAGAGUGCAGGACUUACACCCUACUGUGCCAAACCCAUAUAACCUACUCAGCUCCCUCCCCCCAUCACGGAAAUGGUAUACUGUCCUGGACCUGAAAGAUGCAUUCUUCUGUCUGCGGCUGCACCCAAAGAGCCAAUUGCUUUUUGCUUUCGAGUGGCGCGACCCUGAUAUGGGGAUCGCUGGACAACUGACUUGGACAAGACUGCCUCAAGGGUUUAAAAACUCCCCCACCCUGUUCGAUGAGGCCCUCCACAGGGAUUUGACUGACUGUAGGGUUAAAAACCCUCAAGUGACUCUUUUACAGUAUGUAGAUGAUCUACUGUUGGCGGCAGAAACCCCGGGAGACUGUGAGGAAGGAACCAAGCGCCUCCUGGCCGAGUUGGGUGAGUUGGGGUACCGGGCGUCAAAGAAGAAGGCACAAUUGUGCCAGGAGAAAGUAGUCUACUUAGGCUACACACUAAAAGACGGCCAAAGGUGGUUAACCGACGCCCGGAAAAAGACUGUGACUCAGAUCCCGGCCCCAACCUCCGCUCGCCAGGUAAGGGAAUUCCUGGGGACGGCCGGUUUCUGCCGGUUGUGGAUCCCAGGGUUUGCUACCCUGGCUGCUCCACUGUACCCAUUGACUAAGGAAAGUGGGAACUUUGUCUGGACUCUAGAGCACCAAAAGGCUUUUGAGACUCUAAAACGGGCAUUAUUAGAGGCGCCCGCGUUGGCCCUACCAGAUUUGACUAAGCCCUUCACCUUGUAUGUAGAUGAAAAAAAGGAAAUCGCCCGGGGAGUCCUAACUCAAGCCCUUGGGCCCUGGAAGCGCCCAGUCGCAUAUCUAUCAAAAAAACUGGAUCCGGUAGCCAGUGGGUGGCCCUCCUGCUUAAGGGCAAUUGCCGCCACUGCCCAGCUGGUAAAAGAUGCAGACAAGUUGACCCUGGGCCAACAGAUAACCAUAGUAGCCCCCCAUGCUUUAGCGAGCAUUAUCAGACAACCGCCAGACCGAUGGAUGACUAACGCCCGGAUGACUCACUACCAAAGCCUGCUCCUAACUGAAAGAAUUACCUUCGCCCCACCGGCUAUCCUAAACCCAGCCACGCUGCUGCCCGAAGCCGACGACAGAGUGCCGGUUCACCAAUGCGGCGACAUCUUGGCAUCGGAAACGGGGAUCCGACCCGAUCUGCCGGAUGAGCCUUGGGCUGGAGCCCCUAAUUGGUAUACCGAUGGCAGCAGCUUUUUGGCAGAAGAAGGGCGAGAAUACCUAUCACAUUUACAUCGGCUAACCCACUUGAGCCCUCAGAAACUAAUUGAAAUUAUCCAGGCCUCCCCGUACCAGGUACCAGAUUUGAAAAAAACGGCUGAAGAAGUUUAUAAAAAUUGUAGAGCCUGCGCUCUCACAGACGCUGCAGUUUCCAAAUGCAGCACGGGACACAGACUCCGGGGAAAUAGGCCAGGAGCCUUUUGGGAGAUAGACUUUACUGAAAUCAGACCGGCCCGGUAUGGAAAUAAAUAUCUUCUAGUAUUUGUAGAUACCUUCUCGGGAUGGGUAGAGGCUUUCCCCACCCGAAAAGAGACUGCCUCUGUAGUAGCCAAGAAGAUAUUGGAAGAAAUCCUCCCGAGAUUCGGGAUCCCAAAGGUAAUUGGAUCUGACAACGGUCCUGCAUUCGUUGCCCAGGUAAGUCAGGGACUGGCCAGUCAACUGGGGAUCAAUUGGAAAUUACAUUGUGCUUAUAGACCCCAGAGCUCAGGCCAGGUAGAAAGGAUGAAUAGAACAAUUAAAGAGACCCUAACUAAAUUGUCCAUAGAGACCGGCGAUAGUGACUGGACAGCCCUCCUGCCCUUUGCCCUGUUCCGCGUCCGGAACACCCCACAGGGACCCUUAAAACUUACACCCUUUGAGAUCCUCUAUGGAACCCCUCCCCCUUUGGCACAAAUAGGGAUACAUGACCCUGACAUUAUACCUUCUAUACCUUUGUCAGCCCGCUUGAAAGCACUCGAGGCCGUCAGGCGCGACAUCUGGCACCAGCUAAAAGAGGCUUACCAGCCUGGUGAUCUGCUCAUCCCGCACCAAUUCCAGGUUGGGGACUCUGUCCUUGUGAGACGACAUCGGACGGGGUCAUUAGAGCCACGUUGGAAGGGGCCCUACGUGGUGCUCCUCACUACGCCCACAGCAGUUAAAGUGGACGGUAUAACUUCUUGGGUUCACGCCACACACGUGAAGAAGGCACCCCAGAAUGCAGCAGAUCUCUGGAAGGUGGAAAAGACUGAUAACCCUCUUAAGCUGCGUUUGCGUCAUGGGAACGGCAAGCAGGUUGUCCAAUCCUAAUCCCCACGCUCCUCAACUGCUCACGUGGCAAGUCGUCUCCCAGGUAGGAGAUAUAACCUGGUCAAUCCAAAAAACUGCUUCCCCUUGGACAUGGUGGCCGGACUUACACCCUGACCUUUGUA